CCCUGUCCAGUCUGAGGACCGGCCAGAGUGCAGGUUGCUGGGCAGGAGCCGUGCCGGUCCUGGGCCCUGAGAGGGAGGGAGACCCGGUGGCCGCUGCCCCACCGUCUGAGCCCUUGGCCUGGGCGCCACUCCGAGUCCGCGGUUGAGACCGGUCACCGCCCUCCCCCGCCCCUUCCACCAUGGAUCACUCCUCAUUCAGCGGCGCACCCCGAUUCCUGACCAGGCCUAAGGCCUUUGUGGUGUCUGUGGGCAAGGACGCCACGCUGAGCUGCCAGAUCGUGGGCAACCCCACGCCACAGGUGAGCUGGGAAAAGGACCAGCAGCUGGUGGAGGCGGGCUCUCGCUUCCGCCUGGCCCAGGACGGCGACCAGUACCGCCUCACUAUCCUGGACCUGGCCCUCGGCGACAGCGGACAGUACGUGUGCCGCGCGCGCAACGCCAUCGGCGAGGCCUUCGCAGCCGUGGGCCUUCAGGUGAAUGCAGAGGCUGCGUGCGCGGAGCAGGCGCCCCACUUCUUGCUGCGGCCCACGUCCAUCCGCGUGCGCGAGGGGGCAGAGGCCACCUUCCGCUGCCGCGUGCGGGGCUCACCUCCUAUGGCAGUGAGCUGGGCCAAGGACGGGAGGCGCCUGGGAACGCCUGACGCCCCACGAAUGACUGUGGAGGCCAGUGGCGAGGCGAGCGCGCUGCGCAUCCAGGAUGCGCGGCCGCGCGACGGCGGCACCUAUACAGUGCGCGCCGAGAACCCACUGGGCACCGCCAGCGCUGACGCCGCGCUUACGGUGGAUGCGGACGCUGACUCGGCAGGCCCACCCGGAGCCUCUACAGCCGCGCUCUUGGCGCACCUGCAGCGGCGGCGCGAAGCCAUGCGGGCUGAGGGAGCGCCAGCCUCGCCACCAAGCUCUGGCAUGCGCACCUGCACCGUGACUGAGGGCAAGCACGCGCGCCUCAGCUGCUAUGUGACGGGUGAGCCCAAGCCCGAGACGGUGUGGAAGAAGGAUGGGCAGCUGAUAGUCGAGGGCCGGCGACACGUGGUGUACGAGGAUGCGCAGGAAAACUUUGUGCUCAAGAUUCUCUUCUGCAAGCAGUCAGACCGUGGCCUCUACACCUGCACAGCAUCCAACCUCGUGGGCCAAACCUACAGCUCUGUGCUGGUCGUUGUUCGAGAACCCGUGGUGCCCUUUAAGACCCGGCUGCAGGACCUGGAGGUGCCGGAGAAGGGGUCGGCCACGUUCCGCUGCGAGGUGCCGCAGCUGGCCACGCAGGCCCUGUGGUACAAGGAGGAUGUGAGGCUGUGGGCCAGCGCCAAGUACGCCAUUGAGGAGGAGGGCACAGAGCGCCGGCUGACUGUGCACAGCGUCUCUGCCGACGACGACGCCGUGUACAUCUGCGAGACGGCCGAGGGCAGCCGCACGGUGGCGGAGCUCGCGGUGCGAGGCAACCUCACCCGAAAGCUCCCGAGAAAGACAGUGGUGCGAGUAGGGGACACGGCCCUGUUCUGUGUGGAGCUGGCCAAGCCAGAGGGCCCUGUGCACUGGCUCCGGAACCAGGAAGAGGUGGUGGCCGGGGGCCGCGUGGCUAUCACCACCGAAGGCACGCGCCACACGCUGACCAUCGCCCAGUGCAGCCCGGAAGACGUGGGUGAGGUGGCCUUUGUGGCUGGGGACUGCCGGACGUCCACACAGUUCUCCGUGUCGGUCCCCAGGAAGCCGCCACUGCACCCCCCGGAGGCCCCUGUGGUGAAGGCCAAGACAGAGAGUUCCGUGACCCUCAGCUGGUCCCCGCCCCCCCUCGGGGACCGCCCCGUCACCAUUGAUGGCUACCUGGUGGAGAAGAAGCGACUGGGCACCUACACCUGGAGCCGGUGCCACGAGGCUGAGUGGGUGGCCACCCCUGAGGUGACCGUGGCCGGCAUGACCGAGGAGGGCGACUUCCAGUUCCGGGUGUCGGCUGUGAACAGCUUCGGCCAGAGCGCCCACCUUGAGUUCCCAGGGACGAUCCACCUGGCUCCCCAGCUAGCCGUGAAGACACCCUUGAAGGCGGUGGAGGCAGUGGAGGGCAGUGAGGUGACCUUCUCCGUGGACCUUACUUUGGCCUCGGCGGGCGAGUGGUUCCUGGACGGGCAGGCCCUGAAGGCCGGUAGCGCGUACGUGAUCCGCUGCGAUGGCACCCGGCACACCCUCACCAUCCGCGCGGUGCCCGCCAGCUUGCACGGUGCUGAGCUCAAGUUCGUGGCCAAUGGCAUUGAGAGCAGUGUCCGCAUGGAGGUCCGAGUGGCCCCAGGGCCGACCACCAGGUGCCCAGCAGCGGUUCGGGAGGUGCUGGCCCGGCUGCACGAGGAGGCGCAGCUCCUGGCCGAGCUGUCGGACCAGGCGGCGGCUGUGACGUGGCUCAAGGAUGGCCGGGCGCUACCCCCAGGCCCCAAGUACCAGGUUCAGGCUUCGGCAGGGCAACGGGCACUGCUGGUGCGGGACGUGGCGCGGGACGACGCCGGCCUGUACGAGUGUGUCAGCCGCGGGGACCGCAUCGCUUACCAACUGUCGGUGCAAGGGCUCACACCCUUUCUGCACAAGGAUGCGGCUGGUGGCUGCGUGGACACGGUGGCCGGGGGCCCGGCCCGCUUCGAGUGCGAGACUGUGGAGGCCCAUGUGCCUGUGCGCUGGUUCAAGGAUGGCGUGGAGCUCGGCCCCUCCUGCUCGCGCUUCUCACAGGAAGAUGUGGGCACGCGGCACCGGCUGGUGGCCGACUCGGUCAGCAGGCAAGAUGAGGGCACCUAUUCAUGCCGCGUGGGCGAGCACUCCGUGGAUUUCCAGCUGCGCGUCUGCGAGCCCGCGGCGGUGUUCGCCAAGGGGCAGCCGGCACGCAGUCCCGUGCAGGCCGUGGCGGGGGCCAUGGCGACGCUGAGCUGCGAGGUGGCCCAGGCCGAGACGCAGGUGACGUGGUACAAGGACGGCAAGAAGCUGAGCGGGAGCUCGAAGGUGCGCGUGGAGGCCGCGGGCUGCACCCGGCGGCUGGUGCUGCCGCAGGCGGGGAAGGCGGACGGCGGGGAGUACAGCUGCGAGGCCGGGGGCCAGAGGGUCACCUUCAGCCUGGACGUCACAGAGCCCGCGGCGGUGUUCGCCAAGGAGCAGCCGGCACGCAGUCCCGUGCAGGCCGUGGCGGGGGCCAUGGCGACGCUGAGCUGCGAGGUGGCCCAGGCCGAGACGCAGGUGACGUGGUACAAGGACGGCAAGAAGCUGAGCGGGAGCUCGAAGGUGCGCGUGGAGGCCGCGGGCUGCACCCGGCGGCUGGUGCUGCCGCAGGCGGGGAAGGCGGACGGCGGGGAGUACAGCUGCGAGGCCGGGGGCCAGAGGGUCACCUUCAGCCUGGGCGUCACAGAGCCCGCGGCGGUGUUCGCCAAGGAGCAGCCGGCACGCAGUCCCGUGCAGGCCGUGGCGGGGGCCAUGGCGACGCUGAGCUGCGAGGUGGCCCAGGCCGAGACGCAGGUGACGUGGUACAAGGACGGCAAGAAGCUGAGCGGGAGCUCGAAGGUGCGCGUGGAGGCCGCGGGCUGCACCCGACGGCUGGUGCUGCCGCAGGCGGGGAAGGCGGACGGCGGGGAGUACAGCUGCGAGGCCGGGGGCCAGAGGGUCACCUUCAGCCUGGACGUCGCAGAGCCCGCGGCGGUGUUCGCCAAGGAGCAGCCGGCACGCAGUCCCGUGCAGGCCGUGGCGGGGGCCAUGGCGACGCUGAGCUGCGAGGUGGCCCAGGCCGAGACGCAGGUGACGUGGUACAAGGACGGCAAGAAGCUGAGCGGGAGCCCGAAGGUGCGCGUGGAGGCCGCGGGCUGCACCCGGCGGCUGGUGCUGCCGCAGGCGGGGAAGGCGGACGGCGGGGAGUACAGCUGCGAGGCCGGGGGCCAGAGGGUCACCUUCAGCCUGGGCGUCGCAGAGCCCGCGGCGGUGUUCGCCAAGGAGCAGCCGGCACGCAGUCCCGUGCAGGCCGUGGCGGGGGCCAUGGCGACGCUGAGCUGCGAGGUGGCCCAGGCCGAGACGCAGGUGACGUGGUACAAGGACGGCAAGAAGCUGAGCGGGAGCUCGAAGGUGCGCGUGGAGGCCGCGGGCUGCACCCGGCGGCUGGUGCUGCCGCAGGCGGGGAAGGCGGACGGCGGGGAGUACAGCUGCGAGGCCGGGGGCCAGAGGGUCACCUUCAGCCUGGGCGUCACAGAGCCCGCGGCGGUGUUCGCCAAGGAGCAGCCGGCACGCAGUCCCGUGCAGGCCGUGGCGGGGGCCAUGGCGACGCUGAGCUGCGAGGUGGCCCAGGCCGAGACGCAGGUGACGUGGUACAAGGACGGCAAGAAGCUGAGCGGGAGCUCGAAGGUGCGCGUGGAGGCCGCGGGCUGCACCCGGCGGCUGGUGCUGCCGCAGGCGGGGAAGGCGGACGGCGGGGAGUACAGCUGCGAGGCCGGGGGCCAGAGGGUCACCUUCAGCCUAUACGUCGCAGAGCCCGCGGUGGUGUUUGCCAAGGAGCAGCCGGCACGCAGUCCCGUGCAGGCCGUGGCGGGGGCCAUGGCGACGCUGAGCUGCGAGGUGGCCCAGGCCGAGACGCAGGUGACGUGGUACAAGGACGGCAAGAAGCUGAGCGGGAGCUCGAAGGUGCGCGUGGAGGCCGCGGGCUGCACCCGGCGGCUGGUGCUGCCGCAGGCGGGGAAGGCGACGGCGGGGGAGUACAGCUGCGAGGCCGGGGGCCAGAGGGUCACCUUCAGCCUGGGCGUCACAGAGCCCGCGGCGGUGUUCGCCAAGGAGCAGCCGGCACGCAGUCCCGUGCAGGCCGUGGCGGGGGCCAUGGCGACGCUGAGCUGCGAGGUGGCCCAGGCCGAGACGCAGGUGACGUGGUACAAGGACGGCAAGAAGCUGAGCGGGAGCUCGAAGGUGCGCGUGGAGGCCGCGGGCUGCACCCGGCGGCUGGUGCUGCCGCAGGCGGGGAAGGCGGACGCGGGGGAGUACAGCUGCGAGGCCGGGGGCCAGAGGGUCACCUUCAGCCUGGACGUCGCAGAGCCCGCGGCGGUGUUCGCCAAGGAGCAGCCGGCACGCAGUCCCGUGCAGGCCGUGGCGGGGGCCAUGGCGACGCUGAGCUGCGAGGUGGCCCAGGCCGAGACGCAGGUGACGUGGUACAAGGACGGCAAGAAGCUGAGCGGGAGCUCGAAGGUGCGCGUGGAGGCCGCGGGCUGCACCCGGCGGCUGGUGCUGCCGCAGGCGGGGAAGGCGGACGGCGGGGAGUACAGCUGCGAGGCCGGGGGCCAGAGGGUCACCUUCAGCCUGGGCGUCACAGAGCCCGCGGCGGUGUUCGCCAAGGAGCAGCCGGCACGCAGUCCCGUGCAGGCUGUGGCGGGGGCCAUGGCGACGCUGAGCUGCGAGGUGGCCCAGGCCGAGACGCAGGUGACGUGGUACAAGGACGGCAAGAAGCUGAGCGGGAGCUCGAAGGUGCGCGUGGAGGCCGCGGGCUGCACCCGGCGGCUGGUGCUGCCGCAGGCGGGGAAGGCGGACGGCGGGGAGUACAGCUGCGAGGCCGGGGGCCAGAGGGUCACCUUCAGCCUGGACGUCGCAGAGCCCGCGGCGGUGUUCGCCAAGGAGCAGCCGGCACGCAGUCCCGUGCAGGCCGUGGCGGGGGCCAUGGCGACGCUGAGCUGCGAGGUGGCCCAGGCCGAGACGCAGGUGACGUGGUACAAGGACGGCAAGAAGCUGAGCGGGAGCUCGAAGGUGCGCGUGGAGGCCGCGGGCUGCACCCGGCGGCUGGUGCUGCCGCAGGCGGGGAAGGCGGACGGCGGGGAGUACAGCUGCGAGGCCGGGGGCCAGAGGGUCACCUUCAGCCUGGACGUCGCAGAGCCCGCGGCGGUGUUCGCCAAGGAGCAGCCGGCACGCAGUCCCGUGCAGGCCGUGGCGGGGGCCAUGGCGACGCUGAGCUGCGAGGUGGCCCAGGCCGAGACGCAGGUGACGUGGUACAAGGACGGCAAGAAGCUGAGCGGGAGCUCGAAGGUGCGCGUGGAGGCCGCGGGCUGCACCCGGCGGCUGGUGCUGCCGCAGGCGGGGAAGGCGGACGGCGGGGAGUACAGCUGCGAGGCCGGGGGCCAGAGGGUCACCUUCAGCCUGGACAUCAGAGAGCCAGAGCCUGAGCCGCCAGCCCUGGACAGACCAGGCCGUAGGGAGCUUCUGGUGGUCCGGGAACACGAGGACAUUGUCCUGACUGCCACGCUGCCCACACCCUCUGUGGCUGUGGUGACUUGGCUCAAGGACGGCGUGGAGAUUCGGCGCAGCAAGCGGCAUGAGACGGCCAGCCUGGGGGACACUCACACCCUGACCGUGCGUGGGGCGCAGACCCUGGACAGCGCGAUCUACAGCUGCCGCGUGGGAGCUGCGGGGCAGGACUUCCCGGUGCAGGUGGAAGAGGUUGCCGCUAAGUUCUGCCGGCCCCUGGAGCCCGUGAGCGGGGAGCUGGGUGGCACAGCGACGCUGACCUGUGAGCUGAGGCCCCAGCAGGCCGAGGUGCUGUGGCGCUGCGGGAGCACGCAGCUCCGGGCGGGGAAGCGCUUCCAGAUGGCAGCCGAGGGGCCCCUGCGCUCGCUCACCGUGUCGGGCCUGAGGGCGGAGGACACGGGCGAGUAUGUCUGCGAGAGCCGCGACGACCGCACCAGCGCCCGGCUCACAGUCUGCGUCCCCCGCGAGGUCAAGUUCACGUCGGGGCUGAGCGCCGUGGUCGCAGAGGAGGGCCGCGAGGCCAUCUUCCAGUGUGUGGUGACCCCCAGCGACGCUGCCGUCACGUGGUUGCGGGACGGUGCCCAGCUGCAGCCCUGCGAGAAGUUCCUCAUGUCGCAGAGCGGCACCAGCCACAGCUUGACCAUCUCGGGUCUGACCCUGGAGGACGCAGGCGAGAUCACCGCGGAGGCUGAGGGCAUCACAUCCUCAGCUGCCCUCCGGGUCCGCGAGGCUCCCGUGCUGUUCAAGAAGAAGCUGGAGCCACAGACGGUGGAGGAGUGGGGCUCUGCGACCAUGGCGGUGGAGCUGACCAGGCCUUGGCCAGAGGUCAGGUGGACGCGCAAUGCCGUGGCCCUGGCCCCAGGCGAGAAGGUGGAGGUCCGCGCGGAGGGCACGAGUCACUCCCUGGUCCUCCGCAGCGUCGGUUUCGCUGACCGCGGCUUCUAUGGCUGUGAGACGCCAGAUGACAAGACGCAGGCCAAGCUCACGGUGGAAAUGCGCCAGGUCCGGCUCCUGCGGGGCCUGCAAGCGGUGGAGGUACAGGAGCGGGGCUCGGCCGUCAUGGAGGUGGAGCUGUCGCAUGCCAAUGUGGAGGGCAGCUGGACGCGCGACGGCCUCCGGCUGCAGCCAGGGCCCGUGUGCCAACUGGCGGCGCGAGGCCCCACCCACACACUCACGCUGUCUGAGCUGCGGCCACAGGACGGCGGUCUCAUCGCCUUCAAGGCCGAGGGCGUGCACACGUCUGCUCGGCUUGUGGUGACCGAGCUGCCUGUGAGGUUCAGCCGCCCGCUGAAAGAUGUGGUGGCCACAGAGAAGGACAAAGUGACCUUGGAGUGUGAGCUGUCCCGUCCCAAUGUGGAUGUGCGCUGGCUGAAGGAUGGCGUGGAGCUGCAGGUGGGCAAGACAGUGGGCCUGGCAGCCCAGGGCACCUGCCGGACCCUCACCAUUUACCAGUGUGCCUUGGGGGACCAGGGCGUGUACGUGUGUGACGCCCACGAGGCUCAGACCACAGCCUCCCUGAAGGUGCAAGGCCGCAACGUGCAGAUCCUGAGGCCCCUGGAGGAUGUGGAGGUGGCAGAGAAGGAGAGCGCCACCUUCUCCUGCGAGCUCUCCCAUGGUGACGUGCCAGCCCAAUGGCUCCGGGAGGGCAGUAAGCUUCGGCCCAGUGACAACGUGCGCAUCCGCCAGCAAGAAAGGACAUUCACACUCAUCUACCGGAGGGUCCUGGUGGAAGACGCGGGAGAAAUCCGAUUCGUAGCUGGAAAUGCAGAAUCUCGAGCUCAGCUCCGAGUGAGAGAGCUGCCAGUGUCCAUCCUGCGCCCGCUGCGGGACAAGAUCGCCAUGGAGAAGCACCGCGGUGUGCUCGAGUGCCAGAUGUCACGGGCCAGCGCCCAAGUGCGGUGGUUCAAGGGCGGUGUGGAACUGUGGCCGGGGCCCAAGUAUGAGAUGGUCAGCGAUGGCCUCUACCGCAAGCUGGUGAUCAAUGACGUGCAGCCCGAGGACGAAGACACUUACACAUGUGACGCUGGCAAUGUGAAGACCAGCGCCCAGUUCUUCGUGGAAGAGCAAUCCAUCAACAUCGUGCGGGGCCUGCAGGACGUCACCGUGAUGGAGCCCGCCCCUGCCUGGUUCGAGUGUGAGACCUCUAUCCCUUCCGUUCGGCCACCCAAGUGGCUGCUGGGGAAGACGGUGCUGCAGGCCGGGGCGGACGUGAGCAUGGCGCAGGAAGGCACCGUGCACCGGCUGACGCUGCGGCGCACCUGCUCCAGCAUGACCGGGCCGGUGCACUUCACCAUCGGCAAGUCUCGGUCCACCGCCCGCCUCGUCGUCUCAGACAUCCCUGUGGUGCUUACGCGGCCGCUGGAGCCUAAGACUGGACGCGAGCUGCAGUCAGUGGUCCUGUCCUGCGACUUCAAGCCGCCCCCCAAGGCUGUGCAGUGGUACAAGGAGGACACGCCCCUGGUGCCAUCGGACAAGUUCAAAAUGAGUCUGGAGGGUCACAUGGCGGAGCUGCGCGUCCUGCGGCUCACGCCGGCCGACGCUGGCGUCUACCGGUGCCAGGCGGGCAGUGCCCAGAGCAGCGCCCAAGUCACCGUGGAAGCGCGGGAAGUGACGGUGACGCAGCCGCUGCAGGACAUAGAGGCCAUGGAGGAGGGUCGCGCCUGCUUUUCGUUGGCGCUUUCCCACGAGGACGAGGAGGUGGAGUGGUCGCUCAAUGGGACGCCCCUCUACAAUGACAGCUUCCACGAAAUCACCCACAAGGGCCACUGCCACACGCUGGUGCUGAAGCGGGUCAGGCGGUCCGAUGCGGGCACUGUGCGCGCCUCUUCCCCCAAGGUGACGGCCUCUGCCCGCCUGGAGGUCAGAGUGAAGCCAGUAGUGUUCCUGAAGGCUCUGGACGAUGUGUCUGCGGAGGAGCGGGGCUCUCUAGCCCUGCAGUGUGAGGUCUCCGACCCCCAGGCCUGUGUGGUGUGGCGCAAGGACGGCGUGGAGCUGGGCCCCAGUGACAAGUACGAAUUUCUGCAAACGGCGGGCACGCGCGGUCUAGUGGUGCACGACCUGAGCAGGGACGACGCAGGCCUGUACACCUGCCACCUAGGCACUGAGGAGACCCGGGCGCACGUCAGCGUGCACGACCUGCACGUGGGCAUCACCAAGAGGCUGAAGACGGUGGAGGUGCUAGAGGGUGAGGGCUGCAGCUUUGAGUGCGUCCUGUCCCACGAGGACACGGGCGACACCGCCGUGUGGACGGUCGGCGGGAAGACAGUGGGCCGCUCCGGCCGCUUCCGGGCCGCGCGCCAGGGCCGGAAGUUCACGCUGGCUGUGCGAGAGGCGGCGCUGGGCGACUCUGGGGAGGUGGUCUUCUCCGUGCGGGGCCUCACCUCCAGGGCCUCGCUCGUCGUCAGAGAACGGCCGGUGGACAUCACGAAGCCGCUGGAGGACCAGCGGGCCGUGCCAGGGGCGGACGUGAUACUGAGCUGUGAGCUGUCGCGGGCGGGCGCCCCGGUGCGCUGGCUGAAGGACGGGAAGGCCGUUCGCAAGAGUCAGAAGUAUGACCUGCUCAGCGAGGGCGCACGGGCAGUGCUGGUGGUGCGUGCAGCCUCGCUCAAGGACUCUGGAGAGUACACGUGUGAGACAGAGGUUUCUAAGAGCACAGCGAGGCUCCACGUGGAAGAAACGGCAAACCGGUUCACAGAGGAGCUGGUGGAUCUGCGGGUGGAGGAGAAAGGCACGGCCGUGUUUACUUGCAAGACAGAGCGCCCUGCAACCACGGUGACCUGGCGCAAGGGCAUCUCCGAGCUGCCUGCCUCGGAGAAGCACACGCCCAGCCAAGAGGGCGUGACCUUGAGGCUCACCAUCAGUGCCCUGGAGAAGGCCGACAGUGACACCUACACUUGUGACAUCGGCCAGGCGAGGUCGCAGGCUCGGCUCCUGGUGCAAGGCCAGAGAGUGCUCAUCCUGGAGGAGCUCGGGGACGCCGAAGUGCAGGAGGGCUGCUCGGCCACCUUCAGCUGCCGCAUCGCCCCCGCUGACUACGGGCCUGUCCACUGGUUCCUGGACAAGACUCCCCUGCACGCCAACGAGCUCAAUGAGAUGGAGGCGCAGCCGGGCGGCUGCCACGUGCUCACCCUGCGACAGCUUGCGCUCAAGGACUCCGGCACUGUCCAUUUUGAAGCAGGCGACCAGCGGUCCUCAGCCGCUCUGCGGGUGACAGAGAAGCCGAGUGUCUUCUCCCAGGAGCUCAAGGAUGCCACAGUCACGGAGGGGGAGGAUCUGACCCUGGUCUGUGAGACCACUGCCCCAGACACGCCCGUGCACUGGACAAAGGACGGGCAUGCCCUGCGGGCCUCGGCCCGAUGCCAGCUGAGCCGUGAAGGCCACCGCGCCGAACUGGUCAUCACUGGCACCACCCUGCAGGACGGCGGGCGCUACAAGUGUGAGGCUGGGGGUGUCUGGAGCAGCUCCAUUGUCAGGGUCCACGCCCGGCCGGUGCGCUUCCAGAAGGGGCUGAAGGACGUGGAGGUGCUGGAGGGCGGGGCGGCCACGCUGCGCUGCGAGCUCUCGUCUGUGGCUGCGCCUGUGGAGUGGCGCCGAGGGGAUGAAUCCCUGCGGUCCGGAGGCAAGUACAGCAUGCGGCAGAGGGGCGCCACCCUGGAGCUCGUGGUCCAGGACCUGCAGCCCAACGACAGCGGCCAGUACUCCUGCUGUUUCGGGGACCAGAGGACCACAGCCACGCUCACAGUGAGGGCCCAGCCAGCGGAGUUCAUAGGACGAUUGAGAAACAAGGAGGCGACGGAAGGGGCCACGGCGACGCUGCGCUGCGAGCUGAGCAAGGCGGCCCCCGUGGAGUGGCGGAAGGGGCCCGAGGCCCUCGGAGCCGGGGACAGGGUCCGCCUGCGGCAGGACGGGGCCGCGUGCGAGCUGGAGAUCCGGGACCUGGCCCCGGGCGACUCUGGGGAGUACUCGUGCGUGUGCGGGCAGGAGAGGACGUCGGCCACGCUCACCGUCCGGGCAAGGCGGCCCCCCGUGGAGUGGCGGAAGGGGCCCGAGGCCCUCGGAGCCGGGGACAGGGUCCGCCUGCGGCAGGACGGGGCCGCGUGCGAGCUGGAGAUCCGGGACCUGGCCCCGGGCGACUCUGGGGAGUACUCGUGCGUGUGCGGGCAGGAGAGGACGUCGGCCACGCUCACCACACACCCGUCAGGGCCCCAGAUUGCCAAGAAACGGGGAGGCCGAGAGGGGGCGGUGGCCACGGUUCGGUUCGGCGAGCCGUGUGGCGUGUGGACCCUGCCCGCGAAGUUCACAAAGGGCCUGCGGAAGGAAGAGGCGACGGAAGGGGCCACGGCGACGCUGCGCUGCGAGCUGAGCAAGGCGGCCCCCGUGGAGUGGCGGAAGGGGCCCGAGGCCCUCGGAGCCGGGGACAGGGUCCGCCUGCGGCAGGACGGGGCCGCGUGCGAGCUGGAGAUCCGGGACCUGGCCCCGGGCGACUCUGGGGAGUACUCGUGCGUGUGCGGGCAGGAGAGGACGUCGGCAACGCUCACCGUCCGGGCGCCACAGCUGGUGUUCCGAGAGCCCCUGAGGAGCCUGCAGGCCGAGGAAGGCACGGAGGCCCGCCUGCGGUGCGCGCUGUCGGCGCCCGGCCCCGUGGUCUGGAGCAAGGGCGGCCUGGAGCUGCAGGCCAGCGGGCGCCGGGAGCUGCGGCAGCAGGGCUGCGCGGUCGAGCUGGUGCUGCGGGACCUGCGCCGGGAGGAUGCGGGCGAGUACACCUGCGCCUGUGGCUCCCAGGCCACCAGCGCCACCCUCACUGUCACAGCUGCACCUGUGCAGUUCCUCCGGGAGCUGCAGGCCCAGGAGGUGGAAGAGGGUGGGACCGCACGCCUGCGCUGCGAGCUGAGCCGGGCGGGCGCCAGUGUGGAGUGGCGCAAGGGCCUGCUGCAGCUCUUCCCCUGUGCCAAGUACCAGAUGCUGCAGGAGGGCGUGGCGGCGGAGCUGUGGGUGCACGGUGUGGAGCAGGAGGACAGCGGCUACUACACCUGUGACACAGGCCACGCGCAGAGCACCGCCCGGCUCUCAGUCCGAGUCCCCAGGCCCGUGUUCCAGACGGAGCUGCAGGGCACAGAGCAGGAGGUGGGCAGCCUGGCCCGGCUGUGCUGCCAGCUGAGCCAGGUGGAGCCUGGGGCCCCCGUGCAGUGGCUCAAGGAGGGCGAGGAGCUGCACGCAGGCCCCAAGUAUGAGAUGCGUCACCAGGGGGUCGUGUGCGAGCUGCUGAUCCAUGGGCUUGAGGCCAGGGACUCGGGCGAGUACGCCUGCGUGGUGGGCGGCCAGAAAACCGUGGCCUCUCUCAAAGUCAGAGAGUCCAAGGCAACCAUGCUGCGGGGCCUGUUAGACGUUGAGGUGCAGGCCAUAAGCGAUGUGGAGUUCAGCUGCAGAGUGUCAAGGGCGGAGGCCACAGGCGCCCCGUGGUCUCACAGAGCAGUGAGGUGAUGGGUGGCCAUGAGGGAUGAGCACACCCACAUACUGAGGCUGCAGGGCGUGACGCCUGAAGGCGCAGGCACAGUGUCCUCCCACGUGGGCCUCCACAGGUCCCCAGCCCUGCUCACCGUCCAAGCCCCCGAGGUGGCCAUCCUGGAGCCCCUGCAGGACGUGCAGCUCAGCGAGGGCCAGGACGCCCACUUCCGAUGCCGGCUGUCCAGGGCCUCCAGCCAGGAGGCCCGCUGGGCCCUGGAGGGGGUGCCUCUGCAGGCCAACGAAAUGAACGACAUCACAGUGGAGCAAGGCACAUUCCAUUCGCUGAUCCUCCACAAGGUGACCCUCGAGGACGCCGGGACCAUCAGUUUCCAAGUGGGCUCAUGCAGCUCAGAGGCCCAGCUGAAGGUCACAGCCAAGAACACUGUGGUGCGAGGCCUGGAGAACGUGGAGGCGCUCGAGGGAGGGGAGGCCCUGUUCGAGUGCCAGCUGUCCCAGCCCGAGGUGGCCGCCCACUCCUGGCUGCUGGAUGACGAGCCGGUGCGCAGCUCCGAGAACACAGAGGUGGUCUACUUCGAGGGCGGCCUGCGGCACCUGCUCCUGCUCAGAAACCUGCGGCCUCAGGACAGCUGCCGCGUGACCUUCCUGGUGGGCGACGUGGUGACGUCGGCGUUCCUCACCGUCAGAGGCUGGCGCCUGGAGGUCCUGGAGCCCCCGCGGGAUGCGGCCGUGCGGGCGGGAAGCCAGGCCCGCUUCAGCUGCACGCUCAGCGAGGCGGUGCCGGUGGGCGAGGCGACCUGGUACACCAACGGGGCAGCAGUGCCACCGGAUGACCCCGACUGGACGGUCACCGCGGACGGCAGCCACCACACGCUGCUGCUGCGCCAUGCCCGGCCGCGCCACGCCGGCGACAUCACCUUUGCCGCCCGGGACGCUGUGGCCUCCGCGCGGCUCGCUGUUCUUGGCCUCCCCGACCCGCCGGAGGACGCCGAGGUUGUGGGGCGCAGUGACCACUCAGUGACACUGUCCUGGGCAGCGCCCACCAGCGACGGCGGCGGAGGCCUCUGCGGCUACCGGGUGGAGAUGAAGGCAUCCGCCACCGGCGAGUGGCGGCUGUGCCACGAGCUGGUGCCUGGGCCUGAGUGCGUCGUGGGCGGCCUGGCCCCGGGGGAGACCUAUCGCUUCCGCGUGGCGGCUGUGGGCCCUGCGGGGGCUGGAGAGCCCGUGCACCUGCCCCAGAUGGUGAGGCUAGCAGAGCCCCUGGAGCCUGCGCUUGCGCCCUCCGCUCCCGAGUGUCGGCAGGAGUGUCGGCAGGUGGCCGCAGGCGAGGACGUGCGUCUGGAGUGCGAGGUGGCAGAGGCUGGUGAGGUGGUUUGGCUGAAGGGGACGGAGCACAUCCAGCCGGGCGGACGCUUCCAAGUUCUUGCCCACGGUCAGAGGCAGACGCUGGUGAUCCGCGGCUUCUCGUCGGAGGACCAGGGCGAGUACCGCUGCGGCCCCACCAGAGACCCGACCUCUGCCGUCACCGUCGCCUUCCAAGUGGCGCUGACCCCAGGACCCGGGGGUGAGGCCCCCGCACAGCCCAGCCUACCCCCCGAGGCGGCCCAGGAGGGCGACCUGCACCUGCUGUGGGAGGCCCUGGCCCGGAAGCGCCGCAUGAGCCGCGAGCCCACACUGGACUCCAUCAGCGAGCUGCCAGAGGAGGACGGGCGCCUUCCGCGCCAGCGGCAGGAGGCGGAGGACGCGGCCCCUGAGCUCUCCGAGGGUUACUCCACAGCCGACGAGCUGGCGCGCACAGGCGAGGCUGACCUGUCGCACACCAGCUCUGACGACGAGUCCCGGGCGGGCACCCCUUCCCUGGUCACCCACCUCAAGACGACCGGGAAGCCUGACCCCUCUCCACCGGCCGGCAAGGUCAGGGCCCCAGCAGCCCCCUCUGGAAAGCCGCAGAAGCAGCCGGCCACAGUGCGCCCGCCGUCGGGGGUGCUGCGCGGUGAGGACCUCGGCGACCCGUCCCUGGACAAGGCAGCCGUGAAGAUCCAGGCUGCCUUCAAGGGCUACAAGGUGCGGAAGGAGAUGAGGCAGCAGGAGGGGCCCGUGUUCAGCAGCACAUUUGGGGACACCGAAGCUCAGGUGGGGGACGUCUUGCGUCUGGAGUGUGUGGUGUCCAGCAAGGCAGACGUGCAGGCUCGCUGGCUGAAGGACGGCGUGGAGCUGACCGACGGCCGACACCACCACAUCGACCAGCUCGGGGAUGGUACCUGCUCUCUGCUGGUCACUGGAGUGGGCCACGCCGAUGCCGGCUGCUACACCUGCCAGGUGAGCAGCAAGUUUGGCUGUGCAGUCCACAGUGCCCGUGUGGCCAUCAGCGGGACGGAGAGUGAGGCUGAGAGCUCCUCUGGCAGCGAGCUGGACGACGCCUUCCGCCAGGCAGCCCGGCGGCUGCACCGUCUCUUCCGCACCAAGGGCUCGACCGAGGUUUCGGAUGAGGAGAUCUUCCUGAGUGCAGACGAGGGCUCGGCAGAGCCUGAGGAACCUGGGGACUGGCAGACGUACCGUGAGGAGGAGCACUCGGUCUGCAUCCGCUUCGAGACACUGGCUGAGGCGAGCCGGGCGGCCACCCACUUCCAGGAAAUGUUCCGCACGCUGGGCAUUGGGGUGGAUGUCAGCCUGUCGGAGCAGGGGCGCCGGGGGGUGGAGCUGCGCAUUGCCAAGGUGGCCCGCGCCCCCGCAGCGCCUUCGGGGCCCGUGCCCGGCCUGCGCACCACAGAGUCCGCCCCAGUGUUCCUGACUGAGUUGCAGAAUCAGGAGGUGCUGGACGGGUACCCUGUGAGCUUCGACUGUGUGGUGACAGGCCAGCCGGGGCCCAGCGUGCGCUGGUUCAAGGACGGGAGGGUGCUCGAGGAGGACGACCACUACAUGAUCAGCGACGACCAGCAGGGCGGCCACCAGCUCAUCAUCACGGCCGUGGUGCCGGCAGACAUGGGCGUCUACCGCUGCCUGGCCGAGAACAGCGUGGGCGUGUCCUCCACCAAGGCGGAGCUCCGAGUGGACCUGACCAGCACUGACUAUGACACGGCCGCAGAUGCCACGGAGACCUCGUCCUACUUCAGCGCCCAAGGCUACCUGUCCAGCCGCGAGCAGGAGGGCGCGGAGUCUACGUCAGAGGAGGGCCAACUGCCCCAGAUAGUGGAGGAGCUGAAAGACCUCCAGGUGGCCCCCGGCACACGCCUGGCCAAGUUCCAGCUCAAGGUGAAAGGCUACCCGGCGCCCCGCCUGUACUGGUUCAAGGACGGGCAGCCCCUGGCGGCUUCCGCACACAUUCGCAUGGUGGACAAGAAGACGCUGCACUCCCUGGAGGUCCUCUCGGUCACCGGCGAGGAUGCCGGCCAGUACUCGGCCUACGUCAGCAAUGCUGUGGGCGCUGCCUACUCGUCUGCUCGGCUGCUGGUCCGAGGCCCCAGCGACCCAGAGGAGAAGCCAGCAGCAGAUGUGCAGCAGCAGCUGGUGCCGCCCCGAUUCCUGGAGAAGUUCACCUCCAAAAAGGUGAAGAAGGGCUCCAGCAUCACUUUCUCCGUGAAGGUUGAAGGUGUGCCGGCCCCGGCUGUGCACUGGCUGCAGGAGGCGGCGGAGCGGGUGCUGUGGAUCCGCCCCGACACACCGGGCUACACGGUGGCCAGCUCAGCGCAGCAGCACAGCCUGGUCCUGCUGGACGUGGGCCGGCAGCACCAGGGCACCUACACCUGCAUCGCGGGCAGCGCUGCCGGCCAGGCCCUCUGCUCCGCCAGCCUGCGUGUCUCUGGCCUGCCCAAGGAGGCGGAGGCCGUGGGAGAGACAGCCGGGGUGAAGGAGGCCCUCAUCUCCACCUUCCUUCAGGGGACCCAAGCCAUCUCUGAACAGAUGCUGGAACCUGCAGGUUUCACUGACCUUGCUGGGCAGAAAGCAGAGCCCCUGGAGCCCACGGCCCGUGGCCACCUGCCGCUGGCUGAGGUGGGCACGGAGGAGUUCCUGCAGAAGCUGACCUCACAGAUCACGGAGAUGGUGUCGGCCAAGAUCGCCCAGGCCAAGCUGCAGGUGCCUGGAGGCGACAGUGAUGAGGAAUCCAAGACCCCGUCCGCAUCCCCUCGGCACGGCCGCUCCCGCCCCUCCUCUAUUGUCCAAGAGUCGUCCUCAGAGUCGGAAGACGGGGACUCCCGCGGAGAGAUCUUUGACAUCUACGUGGUCACAGCUGACUACCUGCCUCUGGGGGCCGAGCAGGACACCAUCUCUCUGCGGGAGGGCCAGUACGUGGAGGUGCUGGACUCAGCCCACCCUCUGCGCUGGCUUGUGCGCACCAAGCCCACCAAGUCCAGCCCCUCGCGACAGGGCUGGGUGUCCCCCGCCUACCUGGACAGGCGGCUCAAGCUAUCGCCAGAGUGGGGGCCUGCCGAGGCCCCCGAGUUCCCCAGGGAGGCCGUGUCUGAGGAUGAGUACAAGAGGCGGCUGAGCUCCGUCGUCCAGGAGCUGCUGAGCUCCGAGCAGAGCUUUGUGGGCGAGCUGCAGUUCCUGCAGAGCCACCACAUGCAGCACCUGGACCGCUGCCCCAACGUGCCUGUCGCCGUGGCCAGCCAGAAGGCCAUCAUCUUCCGGAACGUGCAGGAACUCAGCCACUUCCACAGCAGCUUCCUGCAGGAGCUGCAGAGCUGUGACACGGAUGACGAUGUGGCCAUGUGCUUCAUUAAGAACCAGGCGGCCUUUGAGAAGUACCUGGAGUUCCUGGUGGGCCGAGUGCAGGCCGAGUCGGUGGUGGUCAGCACAGCCGUGCAGGAGUUCUACAAGAAAUACUCAGAGGAGGUGCUAUCGGCCGCUGACCCCUCACAGCCGCCACCGCCCCCGCUGCAGCACUUCCUGGAGCAGCCAGUACAGCGGGUCCAGCAGUACCAGGCCCUGCUCAAGGAGCUGAUCCGCAACAAGGCCCGGAACCGGCAGAACUGUGCGCUGCUGGAGCAGGCCUACGCGGUGGUGUCCGCCCUGCCGCAGCGCGCCGAGAACCAGCUGCACGUGUCGCUCAUGGAGAACUACCCAGGCACCCUGGAGGCCCUGGGCGAGCCCAUCCGCCAGGGCCACUUCAUCGUGUGGGAGGGGGCACCAGGCGCACGGAUGCCCUGGAAGGGCCACCACCGCCACGUGUUCCUGUUCCCCCACCACCUGGUGGUCUGCAAGCCCAGGAGGGACUCCCACACGGACACCUUCAGCUAUGUGUUCCGGAACAUGAUGAAGCUGAGCCACAUCGACCUGAACGAGCAGGUGGAGGGGGACGACCGCGCCUUCGAGGUGUGGCAUGAGCGGGAGGACUCGGUGCGCAAGUACCUCCUGCAGGCGCGCACCGUGAUCACCAAGAAUGCCUGGGUGAAGGAGAUCUGCGGCAUCCAGCAGCGCCUGGCCCUGCCCGUCUGGCGCCCCCCAGAUUUCGAGGAAGAGCUGGCCGACUGCACAGCUGAGCUGGGUGAAACAGUCAAGCUGGCCUGCCGUGUGACGGGCACACCGAAGCCCGUCGUCAGCUGGUACAAAGAUGGGAAGCCAGUGGAGGUGGAUCCUCACCACAUCCUCAUUGAAGACCCGGAUGGCUCAUGCACCCUCAUCCUGGACAACCUGACCGGCGCUGACUCUGGCCAGUACAUGUGCUUUGCAGCCAGUGCCGCCGGCACAGCCAGCACCCUGGGCAAGAUCCUGGUGCAGGUCCCUCCGCGUUUUGUGAACAAGGUCCGGGCAGUGCCUUUUGUGGAAGGAGAGGACGCCCAGGUGACCUGCACCAUCGAAGGUGUCCCACAUCCUCAGAUCAGGUGGUACAAGGAUGGCGUCCUGCUGUCCCCGGGCGGCAAGUACCGGACCCUGAGUGAGUCACGCAGUGGCCUGCUCAAGCUGGAGAUCCGGGAGGCCGGCAAGGAGGACAUGGGCCACUACGAGUGCGAGCUGGUGAACCGGCUGGGCUCGACACGCGGCGGCGCAGAGCUGGGCCUGCAGAGCGCCACGCUGCGGGCCGAGGAGCAGCACCACCGCCGGGGCCGCGCCGCCGUGGUGGAAGUCACUGAGCAGGAGACUAAAGUCCCCAAGAAAACCGUCAUCAUAGAGGAGACCAUCACCACCGUGGUGAAGAGCCCCCGUGGCCGGCUCCCAGCCCCCAGCAAGUCUCCCUCCCUCUCGCCUUCCCGCCGCCCUGCCAGUCCCUCCAGGCCAGGCCUGUCGGCCCCCGAGCGGCUGUACUUGCCAGGGGCCGGCCAGCUCCGCAGGCCGGGGGUGGAGCCGGGCUGGAGGCCCGCUGUGCCCACUCUGUACGUGACGGAGCCCGGAGCCCACGUGCCGGCCCUGCCCGGGGACACUGGGCCCCUGUCCAAGUGGGUGGAGGUCGAAGAGACCAUCGAAGUCCGGGUGAAGAAAACAGGCCCAAGGGGUGCAUCUCCGGCCAGAGAGGUGCCCAGCAGCUCGGCGGGGCAUCUCUUCACACUGCCUGGCGGAACCCCAGGAGGAGACCCCAACACAAACAACUCCAACAACACGCUGCUGGCCCAGGAGCCCCUGACCCAGGGCAGAGUCUUCUGUGUGGACACUGGACUGGACAGCCCUGAGCUACCCCCUCCCGGGGCUGCUGAAGACGAGGCCCCCCUGGAGGUGCAGGACGGGGCAGGCGUCUGCCUGAUGGGGGGGCCCCUGGGCGCCCACGACCUUCAGGGCUGUGACCGCAAGAUCCUCACGCACGAUGGCCGUGCGCUGACACUGGCCGACCUGGAGGAUUACGUGCCCAGGGAAGGGGAGACCUUCGGCCGCGGCAGCCCCGUGACCAGUGCUUCUGACGCCCCGCCCUGUGAGGUCUCAGUGCUCCAGAGAGAGAUCCGCGAGCUCACUGUGGGACAGCCCAUCCUGCUCCCCGUGGGGCGCCCGCCAGGCCCCCCAGGUCCCCUGGGGUUCUUCAGCCGCCUGCCCCAGGAGGCAGCUCCGUCAGGGCCUCUGGCCUCUGGCCCGCCUGGCGCCGCCUGUGUGCGGGAGGCCCAGGCUGAGGGGCGCCCGCUCUGGGUGCCAUCCUCCUGCACCCAGGUCCGUCGCUCGGUGGACAGUGGCCAGAGCAGCUUCAGAACGGAGGUUUCCACCCAGAGGGUCAGCUUCGGGACAGUGGGCGAGACAGUCACCCUGCACAUUCGCCGGGACGAGGAGGAGGGCCCCAGCCCCUCCCAGGGCGCUGCCGUCCCGCCCCCCGCUGCCCUGGAGCAGGAGGACCAGGACAUCAGGCCUGAGGCCCCACAGACCUCCGCGGGGGGCCGCCUCGGCCUCGGCCCCGGGGAGCCCCUCACUCUCCAGGAGGCCAGCUCCCAGCUCCCGGGCGCCGAGGCUGCGCCUGAACCCGCAGAGCCCGGGAAGGCGCCGCCGUCCCUCUGGGGUCAGGGCCCUGGGUCCCCCGCCGCGGCGCACGGACGGACUGUUCCCAUCAGCAGUGAAUGGGCAGGCAGACAGCUCAACCCGCUGCCUGGCUCCAGGAUGGAGACUGCGGGCUGGCCAGAGGCAGGGGCCUCGGAGCUCUGGAACGUCUGCAGCCACGUGUUCACAGAGACCACUCACCGGACAUACGUGUACCAGGCCGGCGAUGGGGGAGCCACAAGGCCCCCAUCCAUGCAGGUCACCAUCGAGGACGUGCAGGCACAGAGGGGCGGCACAGCGAAAUUCCAGGCCAUCAUCGAGGGCGACCCGCAGCCCACAGUGACCUGGUAUAAGGACAGCGUCCAGCUGGCGGACAGCACACGGCUCAGCCAGCAGCAGGAAGGGACGACCUACUCCCUGGUGCUGAGGGACGUGGUGCAGCCUGACGCCGGUGUGUACACCUGCCUGGCCCGCAAUGCGGGCGGCCAGGUGCUGUGCAAGGCAGAGCUGCAGGUGCAGGCCGGGGACGGCAACCUGGACUUGGAGAAGCCAAGCUAUCGGAGAAAACUGCACUCUUUCUACGACGUCAAGGAGGAGAUUGGGAGGGGUGUGUUCGGCUUCGUGAAGAGGGUGCAGCACAAAGGCAACCAGAUAUCCUGCGCCGCCAAGUUCAUCCCCCUGCGGAGCAGGACGCGCAGCCAGGCUUACCGGGAGCGAGACGUGCUCGCUGAGCUGAGCCACCCUCUGGUUACCGCGCUGCUGGACCAGUUUGAGACUCGCAAGACCCUCAUCCUCAUCCUGGAGCUGUGCUCGUCAGAGGAGCUGCUGGACCGCCUGUUUAAGAAGGGCGUGGUGACAGAGGCUGAGGUCAAAGUGUACAUCCAGCAGCUGGUGGAGGGGCUGCACUACCUGCACGGCCGUGGCAUUCUCCACCUGGACAUAAAGCCCCCCAACAUCCUGAUGGUGCACCCUGCUCGGGAAGACAUUAAAAUCUGCGACUUUGGCUUUGCCCAAAAAGUCACCCCGGCAGAGCCGCAGUAUAGCAAGUACGGGUCCCCUGAGUUUGUGUCCCCUGAGAUCAUCGAGCAGACCCCUGUCAGCGAGGCCUCUGACAUCUGGGCCAUGGGGGUCAUCUCCUACCUCAGCCUGACCUGCUCGUCCCCAUUUGCCGGCGAGAGUGACCGCGCAACCCUCCUGAACGUGCUGGGGGGGCGGGUGUCCUGGGGCAGCCCGGUGACCGCACACCUCAGCCAGGACGCUCAGCACUUCAUCAAGGCCGCCCUGCAGAGGGCCCCGGAAGCCCGGCCCAGCGCGGCCCAGUGCCUGGCCCACCCCUGGUUCUUGAAGUCUGUGCCUGCAGAAGAGGCCCACUUCAUCAACACAAAGCAGCUCAAGUUCCUCCUGGCCCGCAGCCGCUGGCAGCGCUCCCUGAUGGGCUACAAGUCCGUCCUGCUGAUGCGCCCCAUCCCGGGGCUGCUCCAGGGCCCGCCGGACAGCUCGUCUCUCGGAGUGGCCCGGAGCCCGCGCGGCGACACCAGCACCUCUUCCAGCGGCACCUCGUCCUCCGACACUGAGCUGGCCCCCUUUGCCCGGGCCAGGUCGCUGCCGCCCUCUCCGGUGACCCACUCCCCCCUUAUGCACCCGCGGGGCUUCCUGCGCCCGUCUGCCAGCCUGCCGGAGGAGGCCGAGGCCUGCCCGCCCGCGGAGGCAGCGCCUGUGCCUGUGUCACCCCGGGGCUCAGAGCCCCCCGCGGCCCCAGGCUGUGUGCCCCGGCAGAGCAUCAUCCGCAGCCUGUUCUACCAGCAGGCCGGUGAGAGCCCGGCGCACGGGGCCCUGGCCACGGGCGGCAGGCAGGUCCCGGCGCGGCGGAGGCACCUGCUCAAGGGCGGCUACUUCGCGGGCCCCCCGCCCGGCCUGCGUGAGCCGCUGCUGGAGCACCGGGCGCUGGAGGAGGAGGCCGCCCGGGAGGAGCAGGCCGCCCUGAUGGCGAGGGCACCCUCCUCCGAGGCUCCUCUGCGGCUGCCUGGCACCGGCGCCCCCGGAGGCCCCCGCCGCAGUCUUUGCCCGGACUUUGACUGUGCAGGCUCAUCGGGCCCCUCUGCAGAGGCCUGCCGUGAGGGGCAGUGUCCUACCCCCGCCCUCUGGGGCCACCCCGCGGCCUCCGGAGGAGAGAGUGUGCCCAGAGAGGUCAAGGAUGCCACGGAUGUGGGGUCUUCAAAAGGACAGGGACUGUGUCCAUCUACUGGUGGAGGUCCUGGCCCUGCUGAGCAAGAGGGGCUUUCCCAGGGCAGCUGUGGGGGACAGCUGGCCCCUUUCUGUCACCCCCAGCAGGGUCCUUCCCCCGGGAAGGGUUGUGACCCCCCCGCGGCUGUUGCGCCCCAAGCUGCUGGCGCGUUUCCUCCAGGGCACUCUCUGGAGGCUCUUUUGGCGACCGCGAGCCCCCUCCUCCCUGGAGAACUCCAGGCUCCCUUCUCGCCAGCUCUGGCUUGCCUCCAGUCUGGCUCUAAGAGGGGGAUGGAGGCCACCCCUCCCCCUGGGAGGCCCGGUCCUCCCAGCUCUCCAGGGCCAGCCUCCCCAUCUGGCCCGGAGCCUGGCCUGCCCCUGGACACCGAGGCUCUGGCCUGGGAGACAGAGGACCUGUGUGAGUCUGAGCCCAGCCCCCCUCGGCCUCGGGAGCGGGCAACCUCACGCAAGUUCUCCCUUGGGCACCGUGGGGGCUACGCGGGGGUGGCUGGCUACGGUGCCUUUGCCUUCGGUGGGGACGCGGGAGGCAUGCUGGGCCAGGGGCCCCUGUGGGCCAGGAUGGCCUGGGGCACCUCUCAGUCCUUGGAGGAGCAGGAGGAAACAGGGGCACAAAGCGCACACCCCCAGGCCCACGUGGCGUCCCUGCCAGAGGGCAGUGGGGCUCCCACAAGGGCCUCCCCGGAGCUGACCUUGUGCGAAGACUUCAGCAGGGGAUCGCAGGUGUCGCUGGUACAAAUCCAGGACCUGUCGGGGGACAUGGAGGCCGCUGACACCGCGUCUCUGGAUAUAUCAGAAGUGGAGCCAGCCUACCUCAACCUGUCGGACCUGUACGACAUCAAAUACCUCCCCUUCGAGUUCAUGAUCUUCAGGAAGGUCCCCAAGCCAGAGCUGCCACCCUCCCCAGUGCUGGAGGCCAGGGAGGCGCUGGCUGAGCUCCCAGAGGUCCCGUGGCCCUGGCAGGGCCUCCCUGCCGGCCUGGAGAUCAGAGAAGAGCUGGAGGACACGGAGACCCUGCUCGGGGAGGCGGGCAGCAGCAGGAAGCGCAAGUGGUCACCCCCCUCCAGGGGCCUCCCGCGUCCCCCCUGGAGGCAGGCGCUGCUGGAGGCACCCGUGGAGCUGGGACUGCGCCAGAGGAUGAGGGCAUCGGUGGCCCACAUCUCCCGCCUCCUGAGGGGCAGGCCCCAAGGCCCAGAGAAGGAGGGGCCCCCCAGGAAGAAGGCAGGCCUAGCUUCCUUCCGGCUGUCGGGGCUGAAGAGCAGAGAACAAGCGCCAUCCUUCCUGAGGGAGCUUGCGGACGAGACAGUGGUCCUGGGCCAGUCUGUGACUCUCGCCUGCCAGGUGUCGGCCCAGCCACCUGCACAGGCCACCUGGAAUAAAGACGGGGCCCUCCUGGAGAGCAGCAGCCGCCUGCUCAUCUCCUCCACGCUCAAGAACUUCCACCUGCUGACCAUCCUGGUGGUGACCGCCGAGGACCUCGGUGUGUACACGUGCAGCGUGCGCAACGAGCUGGGCGUGGCGGCCACCACAGCUGUCCUCCGGAAGGCAGAGCGCCCCCUGUCCUCCCCACGCCCAGACAUCGGGGCGGUGCACCCAGACGGGGUGCUGCUGGUCUGGAAGCCUGUGGAAUCCUGCGGCCCUGUGACCUACAUCGUGCAGUGCAGCCUGGAAGGUGGCAGCUGGAGCACCCUGGCCACGGACGUCUUUGAUUGCUGCUACCUGGCCAGGAAGCUUUCGGGGGGCGGCAUGUGCACCUUCCGGACCGCCUGCGUCAGCAAGGCCGGCAUGGGUCCCUACAGCAGCCCCUCGGAGCGGGUCCUCCUGGGAGGGCCCGGCUACACCGCCUCUGGGCAGGAGAGCGGCCUGGCUCUGCCGGCCCACCCGCUCCCCAGCACGCAGACCUUCGCCUUCCAGACGCAGAUCCGCAGGGGUCGCUUCAGCGUCGUGCGGCAGUGCCGGGAGAAGGCCAGCGGACGCCCACUGGCCGCCAAGAUCAUCCCCUACCGCCCCGAGGACAGGACGGCCGUGCUUCGCGAGUAUGAGGCCCUCAAGGGCCUGCGCCACCCGCACCUGGCCCAGCUGCAGGCCGCCUACCUCAGCCCCCGGCACCUGGUCCUCAUCUUGGAGCUGUGCUCUGGGCCGGAGCUGCUCCCCUGCCUGGCCCAGCGGGCCUCCUACUCGGAGUCCGAGGUGAAGGACUACCUGUGGCAGAUGCUGAGUGCUGCCCAGUACCUGCACGCCCAGUGCAUCCUGCAUCUGGACCUCAGGUCCGAGAACAUGAUCGUCACCGAGUACAACCUGCUCAAGGUGGUCGACUUGGGCAACGCUCAGAGCCUUGCCCAGGAGAGGGUCCUGCCCCCAGAGAGGUUCAAAGACUACGUGGAGACGACGGCCCCGGAGCUCCUGGAGGGCCAGGGUGCCUGCCCGCAGACAGACAUCUGGGCCAUCGGUGUGACGGCAUUCAUCAUGCUGAGCGCCGAGUACCCGGUGAGCAGCGAGGGCACGCGAGACAUGCAGAGAGGCCUGCGCAAAGGGCUGGUCCUGCUGAGCCGCUGCUACGCGGGGCUGUCCGGGGGCGCCGUGGCCUUCCUGCAGAGCACGCUGUGCGCAUACCCCUGGGGCCGGCCGAGCGCUUCCAGCUGCCUGCAGUGCCCAUGGCUGACUGAGGAGGGCCCAGCCUGCUCCCAGCCCUCCUCGGUGACCUUCCCCACGGCGCGGCUGCGCGCCUUCGUGCGCGAGCGUGAGAAGAGACGGGCACUGCUGUACAAGAAGCACAACCUGGCGCAAGUGUGUUGAGUGCUUGGCCCUGGGGGGCGGGGGGGCGUGUGCACGGGUUGCACGGCUGGCCGGCCGCACACACGCCAGGCCUGGCCUCCGCCGGUUGUGUCCGCCAAUAAAAACCAGUACU